GCCAGGGUGGGAGAGUGCGGGGCGGGCUCCCAUAUGUCCUCAAGCACUCAUUAGUCUGUGACGCGGCGGGGAGGAGCCUUUCCUGAUGUACAGGACGGGGAGGAACCGUUUCUGUGUUCCCUGUCCUGUUGCCUGGGCCGCGUCCAGGAGGUGCCUCCUUUUCCCACGCGGUGCCCAGCCAGGCACCUCUGGUGGGUCCUAUUUUUUGUUCUCUUGACUCCGGUGCCUCUCCCUCCCGCCCCUCCAGGUGCAGCCAUACUCCUGCAGAGACUGCUUCUCCAGGGGCGAAUCCGAUCAGGCCACUGGCCUUCUGAACAUCCCUCCUUAGUUCCCACAGCCAAUCCUGGGUUGACUACAGCCAUCUGCACAGGGUGUGGGGAGCAAGUAGAGGUUGGGAUGGUAGAGUUCAGCUUCACGGCAGCCAGGUGUCACAACAGAGAAAGAGAACAUGCGUCUGUCCUCAUCCAAUCCAGUUUCAGUCUACGCAUCGCAGGAAGAGGACACUGGUGCUUUAUUAGGAGAGAAACUGAAUCAGGAGCUGUUGGGCCCCUUUCUACCUGGCAUGGAACAAAGCCUCGAACAAACAACUGAGAUCCUGUUGUGUCUCUCGCCUGCUGAAGCUGCCGGUCUCAAGGAAGGGAUCAAUUUUGUUCGAAAUAAGAGCACUGGCAAAGAUUACAUCUUGUAUAAGAAAAAGAGCCACCUGAGAGCCUGUAAGAAUAUGUGCAAGCACCAAGGAGGCCUGUUCAUAAAAGAUAUCGAGGAUUUAGAUGGAAGGUCUGUUAGAUGCACAAAGCACAACUGGAAGUUAGAUGUGAGCACCAUGAAGUAUAUCAAUCCUCCAGGCAGCUUCUGUCAAGACGAACUGGGGACAUUAGUCCAAGCAUACUCUUUAUUUUUCCUGGGGUAUAUUAAGGAAACAAACAUCAAAAAUGACCCAAAUGAACUCAACAAUCUUAUCAAGAAAAACUCUGAUGUGGUAACGUGGACCCCACGACCUGGAGCCACUCUUGAUCUGGGUAGGAUGCUGAAGGAUCCAACAGACAGCAAAGGCAUCAUAGAGCCUCCAGAGGGGACCAAAAUUUACAAGGACUCCUGGGACUUUGGACCAUAUUUGGAAAUCUUGAAUGCUGCUGUAGGAGAUGAAAUAUUUCUUCACGCUUCCUGGAUAAAAGAAUACUUCACUUGGGCUGGAUUUAAGGAUUAUAACCUGGUGGUCAGGAUGAUUGAGACAGAUGAGGACUUCAACCCUUUUCCUGGAGGAUAUGACUAUUUGGUUGACUUUCUAGAUUUAUCCUUUCCAAAAGAAAGACCAAGCCGGGAACAUCCAUACGAGGAAAUUCGGAGCCGGGUUGAUGUCAUCAGACACGUGGUGAAGAACGGUCUCCUCUGGGAUGACUUGUACAUCGGAUUCCAAACCCGGCUUCAGCGGGAUCCUGACAUAUACCAUCACCUGUUUUGGAACCAUUUCCAGAUAAAACUCCCCCUAACACCACCCAACUGGAAGUUCUUCCUGACAUGCUAUGAACAGAGCAGAGCUGAGAUUUCCCAAGGAUAAGCAACUUGAAAAACUCAAGAAUUUCCUGAUGCUGCAUCUUGGACACAGAAGUUUACACCAAAGAGACUAUGUCUUAUUGACAUCAGCAACGGAUAAUCACAUGUUUCAUUUGGGAGAUAUUCACUUAUCUUAUCACUACAUAGCCAGAUGAUUAAUAUGGUACUCAUUCCACCCAUAAUUCUCUGUACAAGAACCAGUGAACACAACAGGGACAAAUUCUCCAUGGAAAGCAAAGACAAUGGGAGGAGAGAAAAACCCAAGCACAGAAGAAAUGGAACAGGAGGAGAAAAGGUUUCCUAGAAGACAAUGAGGAAAAAGGAAAGGGGUAGGAAAGCAAAAAGGUCAGGUUAGAAGAAGAGAAUAAAGAAAAGAAAUAGAUAGGUGAGAGGCCAUAAGAGGAAAAUAGGAAGGAGAAAAAAUUAAGAUGAAUUUAAAAAGAAGAAUGUACAAAUUGAUAUUUUGUUCCUUAAUAGAUUGAUUCCCCAGAUAGGGUCCCUGAAUAUCAUUGAGGAAGAUGUGUUCAUGAGCUGUUUUCAAUUUUUCAGAAAGUUUUGUUGAAAUCAUAUAUUUACCCAAACAAGGCUUCUGUGGCUAUCCUAAAAGGUGAAAUUCCAUUGGGCUGAAAUUUUCAUUGGGGCUGAAAUUGUUUUGAUUCAGUGACAAAAUUUGGUAUUUAAUGCAGAUUAUAAAUCCUAACAAAUAGAAAUGUCUUUGAUUAAUUAAAAAAUAUGAACACUAGCUAGUAAUGAGUUUUGUAGACAAAAAUCUUUCAAAAUCCAUAUAAUAAUCAACAGUAGAGACCUGUGUCUUGAAAAAGUUUGGAAAUCCUCUUCUGAACAUUUAAAAACACUGUUGCAAUUGUUAAAAUAUGCUGCUAAUUUAUCUGUUUCUGCUGGUGUCUGUUGUUUUUGAAGCUAUUCCCGUGAUUGGGACACAUAUGCAUAAAUUCAUCUGUAGGAAAAUGUGAUGGUUAACUAUGUUUCUGUCUUACAUGUUGAUUUUUCCAAUACACACACGCACACACACACACACACACACACUCACAGAGACUCUCAUUGAUUUAAAUAUCAAAAUCGAUCUUCUGAUUAUGUACACUCCCUCUUUAAUUCUGAAGAUCCAAGAAUCUAAUGGUGGAAUUUAUCUCCUUAAAUUUUCUAAGUUCACACUCAGUAAUAGAAAUGUUGAUUAUCUGCUUCUUACUAAGAUGAACACUAAUGAUGUUUGAUUGUUCACUCUACAUAUUAUUCAUAAUAAAAAUGCUUGGAAUUCAGGGAUUAUAUUUUGUGAUUUACAUACUAUGUAGUAGUAAGUUAUUCAGUGAUCACUAAAAAUAAAUGUAAUGUGGAUCCAUAGAAUAUAUGUUAAAAUGUAUAUGAUGAGCAAAUAAAAGAUUAUUUUAAAA